AUGACUUCAAAGGUGAAAGAGAUGACAUCACCAUACCGUCUCCGCAUGACCCAGCCGAAACCGUGCCCGCCAGAUGUCGCUAUAGUGGUGUUUUUCCACGGUGGAGGCUGGGUGAUCUGCUCCAGAAAAACUCACGAUCCUGCACUCAAACUUCUCACCGACACCGUGGGUUGUAUAUUUGUGAGUGUGGAGUACCGUUUGGCGCCAGAGCACAAGUUUCCUGCCGCGUUAGAGGACGCUGAGGUCGCCGUUAGGUGGUGCAUGGAGAACAAGGAGAAAAUAGGUGGAUCAGUCAGUAGCAAGAUCGGUGUAUGUGGUGACAGCGCAGGCGGACAUUUAGCAGCGUCUGCGGCACAUGAUGUUCCUGGUGUCUCAUUUCAGGUAAAAUACUUAACGGAUCUUAAUGUAUUCUAA